AUGUACGACGAAGCAGGUCCCGAUGCUGAAAACGAUCCUUUCGACCUGCGGAUUUCCAUCACUUAUGAAGGUACAAAAUUGAACAGCGAGCCCUUGUUCCUGUCACUUCUAAAUGGUCUCUAUCGGAUAGCACAAAGACCAUAUAGUGGUCCACUUUUUCAUGGCGUCUUUCGUGACACCGAACGUGCGCUGGUGCCUGGCUUAGAUGUCAAUGGACCAUAUGUAUCUCAGAAUUAUCACGCCAUAUGGGCUUUGGAGGCUCUGGCUCUACAAGUACGGCAUGAUGAGGGAUAUUCGUCUCUCAAAUUUCAAGCUUUUGACAAGAGCCGCCAACAGAGGGUAUUUGGUCAAGUGUAUCCUCAGCCUGAGUCGCAGCCCUCACAGGUCAAGAUCAAAUCUCCUGAUGCAAAUGCGGGCACAAUAAACGCAAGCGAGGUACCACCACUGGAUUUGACUGGCAAUUCGCUAGUCUCUUCAACCAGUCUCGACGGAAACCAAUCCCCUAGUAAGCCUCCGGAGAACGCAUUGGACUUGAACUCGGUUAACUCCACAGACGCUGGAUAUUCAUCUCCAAUCCCGAGAAAUUUUCACACCCUACCAUCUUCUCUCCCAUCUGGGAAGCUAUUGCCCUCGAACUCUGCAUUGCUAGUUUUGAUCAAGGCUACUGCAGCUGUAGCCGGCCUCAUCCAGCAGAAUCCUCCUACAGCUUCUGAGUACAGAGACGGUGGCGUCGUCUUGCAAAUUCUCCGGAAUGUCAACAUUCCAGGGCUGCAGAACGGAUGGCUCAAACAGGGUUUCCUUGACAUGGCACAUGAACUCUACGAUAACGGCAAAUAUCGUGACAUUCAGAUGAUUUUAAUGGUUGGUGACAAGCAGAUUGGUUGGAUCACAAUGUACAAUAAUGACGGCCGCAAUGUAACACAAUUCUGA